AUGAAUGGGCACAGUGAUGAAGAAAGUGCAAGGAACAGUAGUGGAGAAUCAAGGUAUGUACUUAAAGAUUUGUUUCUGGUAAAUCUUACAUUUUUGUGAAAGUGAAGUCUUUACCAUAAUUAAAUUGUUUAUUUUGAAGUAUCGGACCAAGCAUUCUUAUUUCAAAUAUGGACUCUGGAAACUAAUUGAAUUUACUUAGAAAUCAGAGUGUGCACAAGGCUCAGGACCCAAUUCUAGUGAAUCCAUUAAUGGUGUGCCUCAGGCAGUAAUAGAAUAUGGUUAACUAACACUCAAAUAUGCAUGUCUUUGCAGCAACAGUAUGCGUAAUGGUUUAGAUAGGGUGCUUAGCCCAGCCUGUCAUAUGUAUCUGAUUACACAGGACUAAGUGAUCUCUAUAGGAUACAUUUUGUGACCAUCUCUUAGACAUAUUCCUGCUCCAGAAUCAUGUUCCUCACUUGCAUUUCUCACUUUCUGUCUCAGUGGUAUUUCAUGUCCUCCUUGUGUUGUGUUUUUAGGGGUGAGAGGAGGGAGUACCACCUCCAUAUUUGCAUGGAACCAAGGAAUGGUUUCAUCUAGAGUGAGUGCUGGAACUGGAGUAGAUAAUUCCUGCAUUCCAUACUUACCUGGUUAAAUAAACUUGAAUCCAGUUCUUUACCAUCUUAAGAUUUGAACCUUAUUUCAGAGUAAACCCAUGUGAAGUAGCACAUAGUAUCUUGGGACUUGUACCAGUGAGGGUUAUGUUCAUUCUCCAGUUUUGCAGGCAGUAUGCAUUUGAAUACUGGAAAUCACAGGUGGGGAGGCUGCUGUUGUAUUCAAAUUCUCCUUAUGAGAUUCACAUAGGCAUUCAGUUGGCCGCUGAGGACAGGCCUUUGGCCCAGUCCAGCGGAGUUCUUAUAUACACUUAUAUACACUUGUGUGUUACCCAGCCUUGCAGAUAAAGGAACCAAUCCUAUGCCGUCUUAUUUGCAAGUAAACACUGUUGAAUGGGACUUAAGAAUAUAUAUAUUGAAUUGUACUGAAUUGCACUACUGUAUAAUGAAUUGAAUUGUAUAUAUCAUGUAGUUUUCCUUAUAUGUUCAUAUCUUAUGUUCUGUAGCGUGUCUUGAGCAGUGGUUCUCACAAGCUAGAUAUCAGAACACUCCCUAGCUGAGUAGCUAGCUGUAAAAUUGGACUUGCCUCUGAUAAGAAGGCCUGUCUUAGAAGACGACUUAAUGUCUCUUUUUGUUCUUCAAGGGAUUCCAAAAAAACAAAUGGAUAGGUUUGUUUGUUCAUGUAUGUUGAAAACACUACAUGUUUAUAAAUUGGAAGCUUUAGAGAAUGUAAGAGGAGCCCUGCUCUAAUCCAGCAUCCUGAUCACAGUGUGGCUAUACAGUGGUACCUCAGGUUACAGACGCUUCAGGUUACAGACUCCGCUAACCCAGAAAUAGUACCUUUGGUUAAGAACUUUGCUUCAGGAUGAGAACAGAAAUUGUGCGGUGGCAGCGGGAGGUCCCAUUAGCUAAAGUAGUACCUCAGGUUAAGAACAGACCUCCGGAAUGAAUUAAGUUCUUAACCUGAGGUACCACUGUAUGUAGUGAAUUCUUGUGGAAAACCCACCAGUAGGACGUGAAAGGAAUAGUCCUCUCCCCACAACCCAGUAACUGCUAUUCAGUAGCAUAGCGCCUCUGAACCUGCAUGCACUGCUUAGCGUAUAUUGAUGGCAUGCCUCUGAAUACCAGUUGCUGGGGAACACAAGUGAGAAGAAUGCUGUUGUGCUCAUAUCUUGCUUGUGGGGUUCUCAUAAGCAUGUGAGAACGUGAUGCCAACUGCUGCUUAUUCCUGUACUUCAUGACUAUCUAAUCCUCUUUUAAAGCCAUCUCAGGUAGUGGCCACCACACCAAAUUUCAGCAGUGAAUUCCAUAAAUUGUGUUGUAUGGAAGAUGUAGUUUGUUUUUUCUCUCGAACCUACUACCGCUCUGAACUUAAAAUGUGAGAAACAGCUCAAUUAUUUUCAUGGUUCUUGUAGAUUAAAAUUACAAGGUUUCCCUUUGUCCUAACACUCCUGUGAAUAUUCUGUAUUUGGUAAUGUUUUGGUACAAAAAUAAUGUGACCCUCCAUUUUUAUUGUAGUAUGGAAACUCAAGGGCAGCUGUCAUUUGAGCCUUAGCUAUUAUGGCACAGAUAGCUGUGUCACAAAGAUGGUUGCUUGAUUUGUAGAUAGGUGAUCCCCAUCAGUACUAGUUGUAGAAGCAGCCUGCAGUUACUAGUGAGGUUUGGCAUUGCCUGUUUCUGCAGCCUGGUGGAAUGUGGAGCAGAAGCUACCCAGAAAUGCUCCCGCUUUCCAUCCCAGCCUUCAUCUCCUGCAGACUGCAGAUUGGUAGUUUGUCAUUUCUCAUAAUACAUCUGGAAAUAUAUUGGAGACUUGGGAGUAGUGCAUGAGAGGCAGUAUAAUUGUGCUUAUAUGGAUACAACUUGGGAUGCAGAUGAAGUUGCCAGAUUAUGUUCUGUUUUAAGAAUUUUGAUAGUUUGAGUAUGCCUUUCUAUAAGUGUAUUUGGUGGAAUAAUUCAUAUAUUUUCCAUAUUAGUGGAAUAUAAAAGAGAUUCCCUGGUCAUGCUCAUUGGCAGGCUAAUAUGAAACAAGAUAAAUUUGUAAUCAAGCCAUUCUUAUCUUUUAUAAAGAUGCUCUAUAUGUCUGAAUAAUCAAGUCUGCCUGUCUACUUGCUGUUCUUAACGGCUUUGUUGCAUUCGUGGGAAAGUUUUGGUCAGAAAGUUGCAGAAUGCAAUAGAGUGUCUUUGUGGCAUCUGACUUCUCAGCUGUGGAAGUGCCCCUUCAAAACCCUCCCAAAAUGUCUAUUUCCCUCAGGGAACUACAUUGAGUAAAAUCACUUUAAGGCACCCUGAGAAGGCUUUGUGAUAUUGCCAGCCACUACCACUUCAGUUCCAUGCUUUCCUAUUCUUUCAGCUAUUUGUAUUCUACUGAGAAUGUGUAUUAGAUACCCAAGGAUUAACUGUAGCUGUGUAACACAGGAGGAAAGAAGACAUGGAGAGAGGUGGGCUAGGGCUAGUUAGUAGACAGAGGCCAGGAGGCUGAGGGAAUGAGAUAGGAGGAGGCUGGAACAGUGUCUGUGGAGUGGUGGGGAAACUAGAAAAGCAUGAGGUAUAUCGUUGUAUGAGAAAAUGAAUGUAGGAUGCUCGUACUCAGGGAUGAGGGAGGGGAAAUGGGUUCUGACCAGGGGCAUAGCAUGGGGGAAGGCUGCUGGAGUGAUUGUCCUGGGUGUAUUUUUUCAGGGGAGUGGUGCUGCUGCUUACACCGCCCUCCCCAAGCCAGCCCUGCGCUGCUUUGUGAGGCUGGGAUCAUUCUAGCCUCACAAAAUGGCUCAGGGCUGGGCUGGUGUGCAGUGAGCUCCUUUCGCCUCCUGCACCCGUCCCCCCAGCGCAUGUGCGCCCCGGGCGCUAUUAAAGCAUGUUCCGCUUCUGGUUCUGACUCUUGCUUACAGCAUUAAAAUACAUGUUCCCAUCUGAAAGUCUCUUCUGUCAUGAAUUCAUAAGAUGGUCCCUCUGUCUUAAUCCUCAUUUGUGAAAGCAGGGCAAUACGAACAACCUACCUUAUGGGGUUUUCUUUUCUUUUUGAAUAGUCUGAUAUAUAUGUAUGUGUUUGAAACACUCUAGAGACUAAAGAACGGUAUAAAUGUGUGUGAUUAUUAUUAGCAGUUAGCAUGAUGAUACUACCUUUUCCCUGCUGGGUUUGCCACGCUGAUCCUUAGAAGUAUGCUUAAUUAAAAUAAUGAAAAAUUGUGAAAUCUGGGUGUAGCAUUUGAUAUCUCAAUUUAUUGUUUAGUAAAUGAUCUAAGCAUUUGAUUAAUCAAAGUAGCAUAUUGUAAAACUAUAUUCAAAAGAAUAGAAUUUAUUGUUUGGUUGACAGCCCUAGUAAUAAGUACCGGUAAAUGUGUCCUAUCCAACAAAUAGUUUGUUGGGGUAGAGCCUGUUUUAGGUGUCAUGGCGCAUAUUCUCAAAACUGAUUCUAGAUUCUCAAGUCUCCCCUGGAAUCAACAGAUUGCAGCCUACUGUCUCUAGUUCUUUUGUCUGAGACAGUUUUAAUUAUAACUUAAUUUAUAAAUUAUAAAUCAGGGUGUUUUUUCCCCUCUUGGUACACUGUCCUUUUGCCUCAACACUGCUAUGAUCCAAAUGAGCUGUGACAUCUGUAGUUACAAAACUGCUUUGAAUUCAACCAACUUGAUUUUCAGAGGAGCCUGGGAAGCACUGAGUACUUUUUUCAACUAAUACAUUGAACAGGCUUUAUUAGUUUGGUAGUACUUCAAUUCUUUGCAAGGCAGAACAAUAAAGCUAGGCUUCAAAGGUCAGUUUAAGGUCUUUAGGAGUCAAAUCUGGUCACAGAGGUCAUAUUGUGGGAGGUAUAAAUUCUUAACUUGUGAAAAUUGGAUAAAUGUAAAAUCUGUAAUAAGGAUUAUUUGAAAGUGCCAAUACAUGUACAGGAAAUAGUUCUUUUCUGAACUUAAAAGAUUAAUGUGGCAUAAUUUUUAGACUGAAAAUAGUAAGUAGACUCUGUUGGUGUACUUAUUUAAUGUGCAUUUGAUCCUGGUCCAACUGCACUGGGUACCAAUUAGUUUCCGGGCCCAAUUCAAAGUGCUGGUUUUAACUUAUAAAGCCUUAAACGGCUCAGGACCACAAUACUUCCAGUAUCGCUUCUUUCCAUAUGAACCUACCUGGACCCUGAGAUUAUCUUCUGAGGCUCUUCUUCGUGUGCCUCCUCCUUGAGAGGUCAGGAGGGUGGCAACAUGAGAAUGGGCCUUUCCUGCAGUGGUUCCCCAUCUGUGGAAUGCUCUCCCCAGGGACGUUUGCCUGGCACCUUCACUAUACACCUUUAGGCGCCAGGCAAAAAUGUUCCUUUUUAACCAGGCCUUUACCUGACCUGAUCUACAUCCUAUACCCUUUUUAAAAUGCUGGCUCUUUUUAGGGGUUUUUUUUUAUUUGGUUGUUUGUAUUUUGAUUUUAUGUAUGUGAUCCUAUAUGUGAACCGCCCUUAGACCUUCAGGUGUAGGGCGGUAUAGAAAUAAAAUUAAUAAUAAUAAUUAGGUGUUCUUUUAUGAGCAAAAGGUUUUUUAACGUGAGGUUUUUGAGACUUAAUUUUGUUGGCGCAGCUGUUAGUAUGUAAAAUCAUUAGCUCUUUGCUUUCAGUGUGACACUGAAAUGUAUCGUAACAUUGUAGAUCCUACUAUUUUCUGAAAUGGUACCAUUAGUUGUACGUACUUUGUAUUCAUUUGAGACAAUGUUUUUAUUGUUUGAUGUUACUUUAAAAUGUUUUUAUUUUCAAAGGCCUGUUUUCCAAUCAAGCUGUGUGUUUGUUUGUUUUUAAAAAUUAAUAAUAACAAUCUGCAGCAAAUCUUGGCCUCACAUAUUCCUCCCUUUUCCAUUUGCAAGGGGAGGAGAUUGAAAGAUUCCAUGUUAGAUUACACUUGUUCAGAUUCUGUGAGUUCAGAUUUGAGUUUGUUUGAACUAACAAUUGGAAUAAGCCAGUUUCCUGAUUUUGGAUAUCGCAGAAAACUUACGUACAGUGGUACCUCGGGUUACAGACACUUCAGGUUACAGACUCUGCUAACCCAGAUAUAGUGCUUUAGGUUAAGAACUUUGCUUCAGGAUAAGAACAGAAAUCGUGUUUUGGUGGUACGGCGGCAGCAGGAGGCCCCAUUAGCUAAAGUGGUGCUUCAGGUUAAGAACAGUUUCAUGUUAAGAAUGGACCUCCAGAAUGAAUUAAGUUCUUAACCCGAGGUACUACUGUAUUCAAAAUUAAAAGUGAAAGCUUUAAUAUCCCACAUUCACAAAGGAAGUACACAGACCUAAGUCUUACCAUAGCUCAUUUUUGUAAUGCAGAACUUUGAUAAAUUGCCAUAUUUGUAUUGGGGCUUUGUAUAAUAUCCAGUUGUUCCCCUUGUAUACGUACAAAGACUUUUGAUCCAGUAGGAUAUGCCAAUUAAAGGAAGGUGAGAGGCCAUUUUUGUUCCACUUCCCAACAUCCUAGCAGUAGCAGCACCCCCAAAAAAUGUUCUGAACCUCGAGUUGAUGUUGAGGGUGGUAUUAGGAGCUACCUAGGGAGGGGACUGGACAUGGGUGGCGCUGUGGGUUAAACCACAGAGCCUAGGACUUGCCGAUCAGAAGGUCGGCGGUUCAAAUCCCCAUGACGGGGUGAGCUUCCGUUGCUCGGUCCCUGCUCCUGCCAACCUAGCAGUUCGAAAGCACGUCAAAGUGCAAGUAGAUAAAUAGGUACCGCUCCGGCGGGAAUGUAAACGGCAUUUCCGUGCGCUGCUUUGGUUUGCCAGAAGUUGCUUAGUCAUGCUGGCCACAUGACCUGGAAGCUGUACGCCGGCUCCCUCGGCCAAUAAAGCGAGAUGAGCACCGCAACCCCAGAGUCGGUCACAACUGGACCUAAUGGUCAGGGGUCCCUUUACCUUUACCUUAGGGAGGGGACUUGGCAAAAAUCACAUUGUCUCUUGAACCAAAAUUUCACAUAAUUCUUUAGAGACAAUUGAGGAGCUCGUGAGUUUUCAUAUUAAAGUUAAGGAUUGGAUAUUAUCCUUGCUCCAACAAAGUCCAGUCUUGGCUAAUUUAAAAUACUGUUUCUGAUAGUGUAUGAAGUAAAUAUAGCAAGAUACUCGUCUUGUUUGGAUGAUCAUAUCUCAAAGGAUAUAUGAAUGAGACCUGUUCCUCCUCAUGCAGCUAUUUCAUGUUGCAUGAGCAAAUGAAAAGCCAGGAAGUUUCAGUUAACUAUAGUUUCUCACUAUAUCCAAACUGGGCACAACAGGUUAAUGGUUUCUAAAUAUGCCAUGUUAUGAACCUAACUUUAAACUGUGACUUUAUAUCUUGACCUUUUUUAGAAGCCAUAGUUUUCCAGUAAAACUGAUCCUGAGAAUUCCCGGCUUAUUUCCCAACUUGUGAGAAGGAAAGAACAAAUUGUCUAUGUGGUUUUUUUUUGUUACUAGGCCAAGAUGUGAUCAUCUGAAUGCAAUCUUAUAUUCAAAUAUGAACACAAUGAUGUCUAAUUAGUUUGUCUGAAACACUUACAGAUUUAACUGAUACUUACAUAAUUGCUUUUUAUUAACUGAUUAGUAGGUGAACAGGAAACUGAAAGCUGAUAAUGAAAUGCAAUGAGGGAGGGGGAAAUGAUAUUUCAAUCUGGAGGCACUUGUGUAGUAUGGUCAAAUUGAAUAAAUCAACACCUUAGCUAGCUUGGGAACAGAUGAAUAAUCCUAGCCAAUAGAGAAAUUGUAUAUCACUAGCAUCAAGUAUUAGUAGGGAAAUCACAUCCAUCUAGUUAGAAAAAACAUACUGAAAUAAUAGAAGUUGAGAUGUAGCAAAUAGUAAUGAAGAGAUUAUUCUGCUACAGAUGUGAAAGCUCAAAAAACACAUAAAAUAAAACCUUUGCAUCAACGGACCUAGGGAGCUUAUCAGUAGAAUGGCCCCCUCCUUGACCUGAAGAAAAUCAUUGUUUCCAAGACUCAAUGUUAAUCAAUUUAGUAUUUGGAAAUCAUAAAUGGAAUAGUCUUAUCUCAAGUACUCUGCAGACCACCUGAUACCUAUAAAGAUUACUAAUGCUAGCUGUGGUGAUGAGAGAGAGAGAGAGAGAGAGAGAGAGAGAGAGAGAGAGCUCUAUUCAAAUGACCAUUUGGAGGACACCUCAUUUCCAUUGGAUGUGUAGGUGUGAGAAUAUUUAUAAAAACGUAAAGAGAGCACCUGCUGAAAAUAGGCCACCACCCAAUUUUCCACAGUGGCAUACUAGAUGCCCCUUGACAACAAUGGCUUUCACCCUUUAAUGUUUUCCACCAACAGGUAUUCAGAGCCAUAGGACCAAUAGCUAUUGUCACUAAUAAUUAUUAAUGGAGACCUUUCUGCAGUGCUAUUUUCCCAUUAAAAAUAGUAUAAAUGGAAACAGGACCAAGUCAGAAAAUUACUUAAUGAUACUGAGCCAGAGUGGAGUACUAGUGUUAUUUCUCUUUUAAAUUUACUGCAUUCCUGGGAGUUUAUGGCGUUCUUCUGCUCGUCAGAGGAGGAAGGGGAGGAACAUCCAUCCCUUUCAAGACAGGGAGAGUGUGGACACUGUCAACUGCUGUUUCAGUGACCAUGUUUUCUCAUGAGUACAGUUCUUGAUGGUACUCUGCCCACUGCUUCAUCUGCUUGUUGCAGCUUGUGAUGAUCUCUCCCAACUAGGUUUUCAGUGGUGCAGUUUUCCUGACUGUUUGUACAAGGUUUCUUCAUGCCUGCGUACAUUUUGCAAGUGUUGCCACUGACAGUAGCAAGUUGAAUGCUCUGACAGUAGUCAUUGGCACAUUGUCUGGCGAUCCACUGGGCAUCACUCCCUACCUGUCUUAGUGCAUCUUCUUGCAGGGUGCACCAUUGUAGGUCAUAAGAGCUCUCACUUUGCAAGCAAUAACAGGCUCCAUUUCCUUAAUGUCAGCCUCAAACCAGUCGGAGAUCUGUGUGCAUCUCUCCGUUUGAAAUAUAUCAACUAUUGGUUGCCAAGCUCCACAACACAAGCCAUUCUACAUUUUAAAUAUAUGAGUCUGAAGUUUAAAACACAUUUUUGUCUGUCUGUUGGAGGAAGUUGCUUGUGUGCAAAUGUAAGCAAAAGCAUGCAACUGCAUGUCCAUAGCUCUAAAGCAUGUGGCAAGGUCUUGAUAGGGUGUUAUUAACAUUUGAGCAAUUGUUAUUUGGAUGGGGAAACAUUAACAUUCCUGUGUCCAGCAUGCAGUGUUCAGUUACCUAGCAACUAGAUGUCUAAGGUCAUUCCAUUCUGUACUUUAUCCUAUGUUCUAAGUAUGUGUGUUACAAAAAAAAAAAGCAUAUUCAAGGCUCCUUAAUUCAUUGACACUCUAUUUGAGAGAUUUAUUGGGAGAACUCCAACUUGCAGAUGCAGGCAUUACUGCAAAGACUGAUAAUCAGCUGGGCAUACUGUUGAAGCAGCAACAUUUACUAUCUAAGGCUAAUGCUAAGGGGCUUUUAAAUGAGGACUGUGCACCUGAAUCUGUUCUUUAACCUUCUUAUAAUAUUUACUUUUAACUUAAAAUUGCAGCCAGUCAGAUGAUGAUUCUGGUUCAGCAUCAGGUUCUGGAUCUGGUUCCAGUUCUGGAAGCAGUAGCAAUGGAAGUAGCAGCCAGUCGGGAAGCAGCGAUUCAGACUCUGGUUCAGAGUCUGGCAGUCAAUCAGAAUCGGAGUCUGAUACAUCUAAGGAAAAGAAAGUCCAGGCUAAACCUCCAAAGGUUGAUGGAGCUGAGGUAAGGUGGACUCUCUCCACAUAUGAGAAACUCUAUUUAAAUGGUUGUUGUAUUAAGUGAGCAUCUGCAUAAAUAGUACAAAUUAGAAAGUACUUUAGUAAUAUGAAACAUUGGAAAUGCUGAUAAAAAUAUCAGAUGACAGCAGUGCCAAACUUUCACCUUUCCAAGAAAUACCCAGUGUUGACAUUAACACUGCCUGGGUUUAGCAACGUGUGUUGUAUCCACUGCUGCCAUUCCACUUGUGGAGCAGACUUGCGCUUCCACAACUUCACCCUCCUCUCCCAUGCACCCUCAAAAUCUGCUCCAGAGGAUUGGAACACCCUCCAGAGCAGGUCUGGUGGGUGCAAGGAUUCAAGAGGAAAGAGAAGUACCACAUGUGGAACUCAGUUCAUGCAGCAGUGAGUACAUUGGAAGUUUGUGACAACCCUUAAGUAAAAGUCUCUUUUACAUUUAGAAGGAACUUACAAAAUAAUAUAUUAAAGAAUCGUGUCUAAUUUUUGCCACACAAAAGGCAACAGUAUUAUAGCCUUCUAGAUGCAAUUUUGACGAUGGCAUGAUAUCCUUAGCAUAUCAAUAUAACUGAAACCGUUUCAGUUGUUGAAUCAAGUCCCCAUGCCACCCCACCUUAAAACAUGCACAAAUUCAGCAUGGCAUAUUUUAGUUGGAGUGGUUUGAAUUUGGUGUAUCAUGCUGUGAUAUUUCACCUGAGCCAUUCAAAAUCUGCAGAGAGGGUGGCUUGCACCUGGCCCUCCCCGCUUUAUAUAGACUAGGGCUGGGCUAGGUGCAGUCCCCAAGUCUCUGCCCCAAUAGGCCCAGAAGGAGAUGCCUGUCCCUCACCUGGAAGGUCUGCUGCAGUCGAAGGUGGGCGGGGCCAGGUGGCCAUCCCCCCCUCUGGUUGUCUCAGAGGGUUUCCAUGAAAGAGCUGUGGCCAUUCUGUGCAACAAAUGAUGCCUCCCCAUCCCAGAUGAGCGGAUAUUUUAAAGCCCAUAUUAGAUGUGCCUGCAACCAAACAAUGGAAUCAGGUUCACAAUAGACCCUCCAAUAUAACAUGCCUGGUGAGACAGUGUUUAAAAGUGCUAUUUAAAAGUGCCAUUUGAUGAUGUUGCAGUUUGAAAUUAAUUUGUUAUUUCUAUGUGGUCAGUGGAAGAAAUGUAGAUAUAUUUCAAUUGUGUUCAUUUGUUUCUUAAGGUAAGGCUUCUGAACAGUAAUAAAGAUAACCUUUCUUGUAUUUUGGAUCUACCUGUUACUUGUAAAGUUUGUGGACUUUACUGAAGAAUGUAUUUUAUUGCUUGUGUUUAUUGUGACUACAUAAUAUUUUUAUUUGAAUUCUGCUUUAGUUUUGGAAAUCAAACCCAAGUAUUCUGGCUGUACAGAGAUCAGCAAUGCUCAGGAAACAGCAGCAGCAGUCAAAAGCAGCAUCUUCAAACAGUGGCUCAGAAGAGGUGAAUAGUUAGCUAGUAUUUUAAAUGUAAAUGUAAACACAGAUCUUUACUAGCCAGUGCCAGUAUUUUAAAAGAGAAAUCGGAGUCAAAGUAUCCUUUAAGUACCUUUCAAAUCAUUGACUUCUAUACUACUGUAGAUGCCAACUGUUACCUUUCUUGGGGCCAGCACAGUAUCUUUAAGACUGUAUGUUAUACUUGCUUUCAGUAUUCACAAGAUUAUAAUAUAUGUAGUUGAAUUCCCUUGUAAAAGAAAAAAGGUGUCGAGUUCAAAUGGGCUGGAGGACCAAUUCAGGGGCUAAUUUGACAAGCAGAUUUAAUGAGGCAACCAGUAGUUGGACUGAGGAUCAACUUUUCAAAUGUCCCUUGCCAUCCAAACUUAAUGUGCCAUCCUUCCUCAUCUUACCUGCAAAAUUUCCUGCAACUUUGGUGUUGAAAUGGAAUAGCAGUGUUAAGAGAAUGACUGUUUGUUUGUUUACUUCCUUAUGGACCUUAUAUUUUGUUUUUCUAUGCAGGACUCAUCAAGUAGUGAAGAUUCUGCCGAUGACUCAUCCAGUGAAAUCAAGAGGAAGAAACAUAAAGAGUAGGAAAUUAAGUAUUACAUAGCUUGAUGUAGUGUUUUAAAUUUAUCUGAUCAGUAGAGCACAUGAUGUUAUCAAUGUUAUUUUAUCUCAGUGGUUGCUUAGUAUCCAGUGAAUAAACUACUUGCUUAUCUGUAUACUUGUAUGGCUAUCCAUAUAGUGACACGUUAGGAUUUCCAUGUUUAAGAUCUUUGCAUGGAAACAUUCUCAUUUUAGAAACAGACAACUGCAACAGUAUUAGGAGUUUAAUUGCCCAGAACAUAUUUCUUUCCAAGAGGUUAAAGCCCCUUAAGCAUAAUCUGGUGAAUGUUUUCUGUGCAAUUGGCCAACCAAAAUGUUUGCUUUCUAUCACCCCAUCAUUCUCUCACUGAGGCAGAUCAGGUCUCUGACAUCACACUGUUUUAUAUACACUCAUAAAAUGCCUCCAAAGCAUAUUACUAGCUCAGGACAAUUCCAUGCCCCUUCCCUCCUGAGCUUGAUACUGAAGGGAGAGAGAGUAGUCAUCUCUGCAGUCCCACUGCACUUCUGAAGCUUUCAGAACUGCAUCUGAUGUUGAAGGAGCUCUAACUGUCCUUUUGAAUUUGGAAUUUGCCCCUGCCCCUUCUCCCACUGUCCUUUCUACUGAGCUUAACCUUAUAAAUUAUCCACCCCAAGGAAUUGUCCUUUGGAUUAUCCAAAGUUGUGCUUUACUUCUAAGGGGCUCAGAGUGCCUCCAAAAAGCAGUACAGUACAAUUAUAAGGAUGAUCCCCCUACCUCCAGCUACAGACUUAGAAGGAAGGCUGAGGCUCAUCAGGGUUGGGGAGAAUUUGGAUCAUGGCCUGUGCUGCUAACAUAUUUGUGGACCACAGCAGGUCUCAUUAAGGUUCAUAUAUUCAGUUCAUAUUUUGUUUUUUAAGUAGCCCCUUGCUUCACUGAGAUUUGCUUCAUUUAAAAGUUUUUCCUAGAAUUUACAUAUUGCUUUGUUUAUUUAAUAUAUGAAGGUUUGAGUAUUGAUGGCAGUGAGAAAAAGUCAUUAAUGUGGAAAAUCUAUAUAGUUAGCAUUUCAUUUUAAUGAAAUUGGAAUUAUCCCAGAUAGUUCUCCUAUUGUGUGAAAGCUGUAGAGACAGAAUUUUAAAAGAAAGUGGCAAAUAACUACUUACUGACAUAUUCACAAAUUCCUGUAAAUCAUUAACUUCAUUUUAGUCAUGCAAAGUUAAAGGUUUAACCCUUUUCCUGUAACACCUUCCAUCUACAUUAAUUUUUCUGCUAAUUUCAGUUGUUCAACAUUGCUGUUUUCAAAAUGUGUCAGGAUAGUGGCUCACUCCCUUUAACAUUUUAUACUAAAAAAACUUGAUUUUGUAAGAUUAUUCUUACUUCUUUUGAUCUACAUUUAGGUAUAUAAAUGUUCUUUUUGUAAUUUUAAUUUGUGUAGUGAAGACUGGCAAAUGUCUGGGUCAGGAUCUGUCUCUGGAACUGCUUCAGAUUCUGAUUUGGAAGAAAGCAGAGAUAAAAGUAGUUGUGAAGAGAGCGAAUCUGACUAUGAGCCAAAAAACAAGGUCAAGAGCAGGAAGCCUCCAAGCAGGUAUGUGAAAAAUAUUUUUGAUUGUAAAGUUUCCUCCUUGUUUGGAUAAAAAAAAUAUAAAUAUCCUCCCUACAUGUUGCCAUCUAUGAGUCCAGUAAGUAGAUGAGCUAGUCUUUGUCACUGGGAUGCAGAAGAAAGAAAAGUUGUCUUCUUGCUUAGGGGGCAUCUCCCAUUUUCUCCAUAUAUCUACUAUUUUUCUUGCCUCCAUUGCAGAAUGAUCUGCUACCUAGUUUAGACUGCUUUAGGCCAAAGCUUGUCUUUGUUUGCGAACUAGAAAGAAAGAAGGUAGAAGUCUUUUUGAGCAUUGAACCUACUUGGGCUGAGUUUCUGUCUUGCAAUUUUUGUGUUCCAAGGGCAGGUGGAGUCAGUUUUACAGCUGUCUGUCUUCCUCCUUUAUUGAAGAUAGUUAAGAAAAAUUAUGAUGAUUAUGGUAAUUAUUAGGGUGGUGGUUCACCCUAAAGUGCCAAGGUGGGUUACAGUGCUACAAACAAUUUAAACAACUUUUAAAAACAAUUUAUUAAAUUAAAAACAACUUAAAACUUUAAAAACAAGGUGCGUCCUUAAAAUAUACUAAUGGGAGAUGCUUCCUAGUUUAGCCGUCAGCUUAGUUUUUCUUCUAAAGAACUUGCUUUCUAUUCUAUAGAGAUAUCUCCCUGUGUCUGGAUCAUAUUCAGAUGAGACAGAAGGAGAAGGCACAUAUAAGCUAGUUCUCUAUUUUACAGUGUUCAAAUGCAUUCCUGGGUGCUGUCAAUAUUAUAUUUUAUUCCUUUUGAUUGACUGGAGUGGCAGCAACCAGAGUACAGAAAGCGUUGGGCUGUGGCGAAGUCACCUGAUUAGAAUGUGGUGACAAAGGCUCGCAAUGGCUGUUCUUAUUUGGAUAGUGUGCAGUUGGGCCCAUUGAAGCCUUUGUCCAUCUGCUUUGUUUUGCUUUUGGGGAAUGUGAUGACUUUUUAUUUCCCAGUGAGGCCAGGUCCAGUUAAGGCUCUUCCGUGAGAAGCUUGCAACCUCAGGCAUGUUAAUCCAUGCUGAUGUGCUUCAAUGUGGCCAGAGAAGCCACAAUGCUUCUUUAGGGUGGAGCCUAGAAGCCUGACCUAGAACCCAGCUGCUAAAAGAAACCGGACCUGUUCAAGAAGUACCAUCUGAUAACAGAAGGCUUGGAAAGAUGGGAGAAGUGGUUAUUGGGAGCUCUUACACCACCCCACCCCACCCACAACCAUGUGUUUCCUCCAUUUGGAGCAUAAAAGUAAUAAAACUCAGCAGAUUAACUGCGUGGGAAGCUGGCUGUCGAGAGAGAGCAUUUUAGAUGUUUCCCUGUUGUGGAUAUCACUGUACUUCAGAAUCCGUCCACAGUAAAUGCUAUGCCAGCAAUGUCUGCGGGUUAAAAACAAAACAACCAAGGUUAUAAUGUGUCUUAAUGCCCCAAAGGGCUAUUCUUUUCACAACCUUGGCCCUUGCCUUUUGAUGUGUUCAGAUUCCAUUGGGAUGGUAUAAGAAACUGGCUAGACUCAACUCCUUAAUGGUGUUGGGACAGUUAGAUAUUUUAUUUGAAUAGACAAACAGUAUAAUAAAAAUCUUUUUAAAAUGUCAAUAAUAAUAAUAAUCUGAUAGUCUGCAGAUUCAGAAAUUUACUACAGGAAGUUAAUAAAAAUUGGUGCUCCAGCACAACCUACAGGGUUCUCAGCAUCUUUGCCUGCCAUUUAUUCUAGGGCUUUUACUGAUGAGUGUUAUGAAAGUCUAUUUUUCUCUUACUGUUCUUCAAAUGUUUAAGAAUAAAGCAAAAAAGUGGAAAGAAAAGUGGGGGGCAGAAGAAAAGGCAGCUUGACUCAUCAGAUGAUGAUGAUGAUGACGACGACGAUUAUGAUAAAAGAGGAUCUCGCCGCCAGGCAACAGUAAAUGUUAGUUACAAAGAAGCUGAAGAAGCAAAGACAGAUUCAGAUGAUCUGCUGGAAGUCUGUGGAGAGGAUGUCCCACAACCUGAAGAAGAUGAAUUUGAGACAAUUGAAAAAUUUAUGGAUAGCCGCAUUGGACGGAAAGGAGGUAAUAUCGACUUAUAUUUUUAAAACUUCUCAAGCUGAUGAAUAAUGCUUAAAAUUAUUUCUAUUGGAUGAAAUAUAUGAGAAGUACAUGUUGUGAAUGAUACAGUAACUGAUAUUUUAACAACCUUGUUAAUCAAACUUUUAGGUUUUUUUGUAUGUAUUACAAAAUAUUUUGGUUAUAUAUGUUGUUUAGGUGCUGUCCUAUUUUUCUCUUUAUUUGCUGUAGUUUUGCUGUAUAUUUUGGUUUCAACACAUACUUCUGGCAUUAAUAUAGUUUGUAUUGAACUUUUAAAUAGCACAGCAUUCUAGUACAACUUAAUGGAGUGAUUAUAGAUGCUUCUGUCAUCUAAAACCAAUCUAACAAUGUUUGCUGUUCUAUCUAAAGCCAUUUAGUAUUGCAGUUGAUGCUGUUGUCAUGCUCUUUUUCAGCAACUGGUGCUACAACCACUAUCUAUGCAGUUGAAGCUGAUGGAGAUCCAAAUGCAGGAUUUGAUAAAGCAACAGAACCUGGUGACGUGCAGUACUUGAUUAAAUGGAAAGGUUGGUCUCACAUCCAUAACACUUGGGAAACGGAAGAAACCCUGAAACAGCAGAAUGUUAGAGGAAUGAAGAAACUGGACAACUAUAAGAAAAAGGAUCAAGAAACAAAACGGUGGCAAGUAUUGUUUAUUGUAAACGUAUAAUACAAGCACAUAUUGCAUAUUAUUGAAGUAUUCAUUUGGCACGUUUCUUUAUUCAUGCAUGAACAUAAUUAGCAGAAUGCUGAAUAAGGCAGAUGUAAUUCAUUCAUAAUGUUUUUUUAAAAAAAUCAAAGUACUGUAGUACUGAUGAUCUGCAGAUUUAAGGUUCGGCAUUAUGCAGGAUUCUUAAUGGUUACUGUGUGCUGUAUCCAGUUGUGGCUUUGUGCCAGCAGAAACGCUUCCACUACAACAAGGUGAGGUACCCCAUUUUCACCAGUCCGUCUUCUCAAUUGCAGCCCUUUAAGCCAUAUUACAGGGAUAACCAGUGUGGUGCCCUCCAGCUGUUUUGGACUACAGCUCAUAGCAUCCUGGGCCAUGCUAGCAGCGGUGAUGGGAGUUGUAGUCCACAGCACUUGGAGACCACUCCAUGUAGGCGGUCCUUGCCAUAUUCCAUACUGUUCCAGAAGAAUCAAUAGCCUUUUGGUAGGAUGGAGGGGCUACAUUGGGUAAGAAAGAAUUAGUGAAAAUAUGGAUUCCAAUAUAUUUCUUCGACUCAAAACACUAAUAGUAGUUAUUGACUUGUCAGGAUUGCCAACAGGAUUCAUUGGAUGCAGUUCACUGAAUGCAGAUUGAGCUCUCUGCAUCUUUAACCCCCCCCCCCCAUCCUAUUGGCAAGAACCUCUUAUGUACAUAUAUCAACUGAACCUCAUUUAUGUUGUGGGACUGUUGCAAAGAUAAAAAGAGGAAGAGGAGAAUAAUAGAAUGUUGCCUCCAGGUUGUGCUUUCUAACUUUAUAGAUUUCCAGUUUACUUACCUUUCGUCUCUUCCCCCCGCCCCCACAAGAAAAGUUUCUAAUCAGUCUUCCUGUACUUCUGUUGAAAGUUAGAAGAAUUGUAAACUCUACAUUCUACAGGGCUGUAAUGAAUACGCUGUGUAAUUUCAUUCCAGGUUAAAAAAUGCUUCUCCAGAGGAUGUGGAAUAUUAUAACUGCCAGCAAGAACUCACAGAUGAUUUGCACAAACAGUAUCAAAUAGUAGAAAGAAUAAUUGGUAAGUGACAGAUUUUGAAACUAGAAAUAAUGAUGAUAUACCAGCAUAAUGCAUUCAUUUAAGUUUUUCUGUGUUCAUGUAGUUGGAAAGAAGUUGUAUCUCAUCGUACUUUAUAAACUAUUUUAAAGACUUUCAAUGUACAUGUCAGUGUCCCUACAGCUAUAUCCAUAAGUUGUUCAUCUAUUCAUGAGUUGUUCAGCAUAGUGCCUUAUUUCAGCCUAAUUAUGUGUCAGUGUUAAAUUUCAUUUUAAACAUAUAUUUCCCACAGCUCAUUCAAAUCAGAAGUCAGCAGCAGGUUAUCCAGACUAUUAUUGUAAAUGGCAGGGUCUCCCUUACUCAGAAUGCAGCUGGGAAGAUGGUGCUCUCAUUGCAAAAAAAUUCCAGUCACGCAUUGACGAGUAUUUUAGCAGAAAUCAAUCCAAGACAACUCCUUUUAAGGACUGUAAGGUGGGUACAUUAGUGUUUCUUUUAACAAUGUCUCCUUCAGUUGAAGUGGUAUCCGGUGUCAGGCUAUACCAGUUCCAUUUUGCAAAUGGCAGCUCAAUUCAAAAAGAAGAAACCUGCAUAGAAUACUAUUGGUUAGGAAUAAGGGAUUAAGCCUAACCUUCUUCCCGACAUCUUAUUUUCUGUGUCGGAGAAUUAUUUUGUAUAAAGAGGCAUUUGACUGAAUGAUGCCAGGCAUAGCUUUACGACUUCAUCUGCUGUAUGUGAAAUCUAAUCCAACAAGAAGUAGUAUAAGAUUUAAUAGUUUCAACUAUUUAAGAACUACUUUUUUAAGCACGAUGCUCAGGGUGGAAGUUGGUCCUUGGCUGUAGUAGAUUCAGUUUUCCACUUGCAUAACGAUUUAUCAUUUUUUUCUUCCAAUUCAAAUAUAGAAAAUUAAUUCUCACCACCCCUCUUUUGCCAGGUUUUAAAGCAGAGGCCAAGGUUUGUGGCCCUAAAGAAACAACCAUCUUACAUUGGAGGGCAUGAAGGUUUAGAGCUAAGAGAUUAUCAGUUAAAUGGACUGAACUGGUUAGCUCACUCUUGGUGCAAGUAAGUACAUAAUAAAAUGUUGCGAUUAUAUGUUAAAUACACAUGCAUAUUUUUAUUAUUUUACAAGCUUAACGGGAACACAGUCAUACACAUUUGCCACUUAAUAAAUAUCUCUGUGUGUGUGGCAGUUAUGUUUAAUGGAUUGUACAAAAAUAGUUACUUAUAUCCCAUUCUUAUUGCCAUGCAGACUUUUUUUUAAAAAAAGCAUGAUCAUCAAAAAUUGUAAGCGAGUUAAAAUCUGAAGAUAGGACUUAAACUGACAUGGUUCAGUUUUUAUUGUUUGAGAUGUGUGUUUAAAUGAGCGGUCUGUGUUGAUUCUGUGUGUACCCUGAAUUACAAGUUGAAUGGGAAAAAUUUGGGGAAGGUUCUCAGAUCCUAGGUCAAAUUGUGCCAUUAACAAAGCAUUUCUGUCCUGUCAGUGACUACCUAAGCUUCUGAAUCGCUUUGCUGCACUCGUUGUCCAAUGUUACAGAUUCCCAUGACCUAACCCCACCAGUGACAUAUGCCGAGGGGGAUAUUUCCAUACACUAGACUUUCUCCUCAGAGUCUGGCCUUUUUUGCCACCUUUUUGCACUAUGCAGUGAUGAAAUUUUGCUAUCCUAGAGGCUAUAUCCCCAAAAUUCCUUGUGGGAGGGAACAGAAGCCCCUCUCAAAAUCCUUGGGGUAGCAGGGUCUUUGCUAGGCUCUGAAAUGUCCUCCUCCAGUCUUUCCUGGGGAACUAAUGUCUUUUUCCCACUGCCCCCCCCCCCGAUGAUUCCUCUUGUACCCACUGCAAAAUGGUGAAAUCUGCUCUUGUGGGAGAAAUACUGCAACUGUCAUUCUGAAAUUUGCCAUGUUUUAUAUACCUCACUUUACAGGAGCAACAGUUGCAUUCUUGCAGAUGAAAUGGGCUUGGGCAAAACAAUACAAACUAUCUCCUUUCUGAAUUAUUUGUUUCAUGAACACCAGUUAUAUGGGCCUUUCUUGCUGGUAGUACCACUUUCCACUUUGACAUCUUGGCAAAGAGAAAUCCAGAUAUGGGCUCCCCAGAUGAAUGCUGUAGUUUAUCUGGGGGAUAUUACUAGCAGAAAUGUGGUAAGUGAUCAAAUUCUACAGUGUCACUGUAUUCUUAGUAGAUCCAAAAUUAGUGCUUAUACAGAGAUGGUAUUGGAAAGAUUAAAAUUAACCAAAUUUCACAUUUAUUUUAAAGAGUUGCUUGUUUUUGGUAAUAUUUAAUAUUUUUGUAAGUAAAAUAAAGUGUGUAUUCUCCAAUAUUUUGAUACUUUGUUGAAUAACAGAGAAAUAUUAGCCUUUCAUUUUUGCCAAAUACAUUGCUGCUAUCUAGGAAAUGGUACAGACUCUUCCAUUGUCUGCUAAGACAGAGGGAGGCCAAAUAACCAAAAAGCAGUGUUCAUUCAAGCUUCAAUUUACUGAACUCAAGUAGUUAAAAUGUAAUAAUUGAUUACUUUCAUUAGAGAGGUAUUUACAGAUAAUAGCUUUAUUCAGUAAUGAAAUGGACUGUAAAACAUGAAACUAUAGGUCUUAGCAUGUUUUAUGUGGAAUUUACAUUAUGCUUAUCAGUUCUUUUGAAUCUGCUACAAAUGCAACUGAAAAUAAUACUUCCAAUCAUUUUGAUUUAAUCUUCUUUGUUAUCCUUGAACUAAGCAAUAUUUUAACAGUCUUUUGAUUUACAAAUUUUCUUAAUAAAAUUCACUGACUGUUUUUUGCUGUUUGUUAUGACUUCCUCAUAGUUGAUCAAGAAGUAAAGUGUUAUACUGAUCAAGCAUUAAGCACAUUUAACUCCGGUACCUUAGGAGCUUUAAUUCUUGGGAACAAGGCAACAGUUUGAGCUACUUUAAAGUCAGUCUCUCUUUGAUGGCAGAAUGCAGGAUUCAGAUUGACAAGUUAUUCUCAAAGUAAUUUAUUUGCAGGGGUGAAAUGCUUUCCUGCCUCUAAAGAGAAAGAAGUGUUUGGAGCAAAAGGGAGGGGGAGAAAGAAGGAAGGAAAGCUAGGAAACAAAAAAGAACUGCAGAAUAACAGUCCCAUCUUUCAGUUCCUCAUUUGUACAGUAAAACAGGGCAGGUGUGGGGUGGGGCAGAUGACCACUCUGAGAAACAAACCAUUCAGGCAAGAACAUGAUUAACUGUUACUCUUUAUCCCUCUUUCUUCCGGGGUAAGAUAUAUUUAGCCAGGUAGCAGUAGUGACUAUAGCCGUGCCAGAAACAAUCCUGUUCCACAGAACUUCUCCUGUCUGUCACUAUCAUGAUUGAGCCUUCAGGCAGUACUCACCUAGACUCAGAAGGACCUGUUUAUAGGAUCUCCCAACUCACCAGAUACCCAUUUUCGAACCAAUGAAAUGUUUUCAUGUGUCUCCCUACAGAUCCCCAUCACGCCAUAGGACCCAACUCUCCUAAAGGCCCAAUAGCAUAAUCUGGAUUAGAUGUUACUGUCCGAAGAGAAGGGUGGGGUGGGAAUUGCGGUAGUGUAGCAACUUCAGGUAUCAGAGGAUAAAGGGUUUCCCAAGAGCCUGCUAAGUAUCUCAGUGUGCUUUCUAAUCAGUGGCACUACCCUCCUGUCCUGCUUUGUAAGUGGGCAGUCAUUUAUAGCCUUUGCAAUCUGAGAGAUGACAGCAUCAGAUCAGUUGAUCCUGGAAAAUGUCAGAGAACAGUGCAUGAUAGAGUGAUGAUACUAAUCUAGAAAUUGGUUUGUGCCCAGUACAUGAUUGAAAAGCCUUCUCAGGCACUUGUUCAAAAUCAGUCAUAUCUGCUUCAGUUUCAAGCUUUAGAAAUGGUUCCAGCCCAUGAGGCAUUGGGCAUAUUUUUUCACCAUUCUGGAAAUCAGUAGGAGGAAACGAGCCAUUCUGUCCCUGAAGUACUUCAGCAAAUUGCUGGAGAAAAGGUGCUCCAAGUUGUGGAUGCUGAAGUUCACAGCAGCACAACCAAGAUAUUUCCUUGCUUUGUAGAUACAACAGAAGUCCGUUGCUGUAUUCAUCACCACUUGCCUGGGCAAAUUGUGUUACAAUUUGAAUUCCAUAGAAUUCCUCAGAAUUCAUUUGAGUCAAAGUAUCUGUUGAGCUCUAAGCAGCGCUGUUAAGUCUCCUGGACUUUCAGUAUCAGUUGGCAAAUAAACAGACGUAAUUCAUAUAAACAGGUGUACUAACAAGGUUUAUAUUAGCAGGCAGUUGAGCAACAGAAACUUGUCUCAUUAGGUUAUUUGGCACAGUUCCUAGGUCGGCAUCUUGAAAAGGUGGUGGUUGUUUUUUUUACUUACGGACUUCUCAUAUAGUUAUGAACCUUUGCUUAUAGUUAUCUUUGUAAGCCUACACACACUUCCACAGAUAGUUAGAUACAGGUUUUACAUAGGUAGAGAUACAUGGAUAUAAAAUGUGUGUUGAUAAAUAGAUAUAAUGCAGCAUUUUAAUACCACCAAGGAGGUCUGGGCGACCUACUUGAUUCUGGUCCCCAUUCCAAUUUUAUCUUCACAACAACCUUGUGGAAAAGGUUAGGCUGAUAAGUUAAUAAAUUACUUUUCAAUGGACCUAAGAGAAAGCCCUUCCCUCAUCAAUCUUAAUCUUGCUUCCUCUCAUCCCAGAGGGAAUGACUUUGCCACAGUCUGGGCUGUUAUCUUGUUUCUCAAGGGAAAUAGAGAUUUACAAGUAAAUAAAAAGACAAAAUAUGCAUUUUCUUUUGUGAAAUGUGCUUGUAAAUAAAAGCUAGUUCCCUGGCUUCUGCCUCUGGUUAGUGUAAAGGAUCUUUCUUCCAUAAAGGCUCUCUAGAAGGACCAGAAUGAGCAAGGUAAUUGCUAGUGUUGUGUACUGCAUGUGUGGUUUACACUCAAAGUUGGAUCAGUUUCUCUGUUUUGUAACAUAGCUGCAAAGGGACAGUUACAAAGAAACAGGUUAAGCUGUGCUGGUGCAGAAGUAUAUUGUAUUGGUUGUGCAGCACUAGCUGCUUUCUCAAUAGGUAGCUAUUCUAAUCCGAUCCUACUUACUCACUUUCAUAUUUAUGAGCACUUAGCUUGUGUGUAAGCUAAUGUUUAGAAGCUAACAGCAUCAAAUAUUAUCAGAAUUUGGGUUAUUUCAUAACCUUAAUUUCUCACCAACUUUGUCUGCAGAUAAGAACACAUGAAUGGAUGCAUCCGCAGACCAAAAGAUUGAAAUUUAACAUCCUUCUGACAACUUACGAGAUUUUACUGAAGGAUAAGGUAAGUAAUUUGACCACCACUCACUUCUCAAAAUGAAAGCAGAAUACUGAAGGAACUAGACUUGCCUGUCAACAGUUCUUAGGUUCAAUAGAAGAAGUGACUUGUGAAUUUUAUUACUGAAAAAGGCAGUCGUUUUCAAUUUUGUGGAAGAAGGUAGAAAUUUUUUAAUAGAUUAGAUGCUCAUUUUUCUACAUCAUCACUUAAAUUGCCAUUUUAAAUGCUUAAUCUCUGAAACAAAAAGUCAUUCAUUUGUAUUUUAUUUGAACAGUCAUUCCUUGGUGGUCUGAACUGGGCAUUUAUAGGAGUAGAUGAAGCCCAUCGAUUAAAAAAUGAUGAUUCCCUCCUGUACAAGACGUUAAUAGACUUCAAGUCCAAUCAUCGCCUCCUUAUCACUGGAACACCUCUGCAAAACUCCCUGAAAGAGCUCUGGUCCUUGCUUCACUUCAUCAUGCCAGAUAAGUAGGUAAACUUACUAUACUAGCCAUGUACAGUUAGUAGAAUUAUUUAACUAGCACUCCUUGAAAAAUGGUAGGGACUGCAGCUUUGCUGGUUUGUCUAUUGCUUUGUUUUGGUGCAGAAUGUCUGGAGAGUUUAUUUGUUUAUGUUGUUAGCCGGCUUUAAGUGACACUGGAACCAUGUUAAAACAAAACAAAAAGUCCAAUGCCUCUGGGAAGCUUACAGGCAGAAGAUAAUGGUGACAGCCAUCAGAGGUCACCUAUUUUAGCUGCUUUGGCUUUUGUCUAGCUAAGUUCUGUUAUUAAUGGGCAUGCCCAAUUUAUGUAUAUUAAUUUCAGUGGGUCUACUCUGAGUAGAAUUAAGUUGAGAACAACCCUUUGUUUUGUAUAUUUUCAAUAUAGUCUCGCAAUAGAGGUAAAUAAUGGUCUUCUGAUAUACUGGUUACUUUUAUCUGUUUAUGUAAACCAUACAUCUUCAACAUAGAUUUGCUUUUAGGGUAGCGAAGCAAAAUAAUAAGAAACAGGAAAUUAAAAUGAUAGUAAUGAUUAUUCUAAUAAUACAGAAAACUAAUACUGCAAAUAAAAAACCCUCAAACAGCAACAGCCAGCUUAAAUUAAUUAAAUAGAGACACUUAGACCAGUUUAAUUUUAAAGGGUGCUUACGUUAGCAGUUUGUAAAUUUGUGUAACUACAGAAAGCUGCUGAAAAGGUGUGUUGUGUUGAGAGAGUGACAACAGCCUAAAUAUUUCUACUUGCUCUUAUUUUUCUUAUGGACAAGUAUGAACAAAGUGGAAGGAAAUUAAAAUGGGGAUGAACUGUCAGAAAAGAAGGGAGGAUAAAUUAGCAGAGCUUUUUUUUUUUUUUUUUUGGCAUGUCACUCGGAAGUAAGUCCCAUUGAAUUCAAGUGGGACUUACUCCUAAGUAAGUGUGUAUAGGAAUGUGUACAGUGCUUAAGCUGCUUUAAAACUAAGUAGCAUAGAACUUAGUGAAAUGUUUAAAAACAAGGGUCAUUUAUUUUUCAUAAUUCAAAUUUUCUAUUGGCUUACUAACUUGGCUGAUUACACGCUUGUUUUUCUCAAGUCUGAGAACUUGUGUGUAUGUCCAGGAUGUCAUGUAUAAUAGUACAGUAAGAAUACUGGCAUAGCAUAUGUGUUUAUUUUGAAAAUCUGCCACAAUGGUUAUAUUGAAAAUUUGCCACAAUUUAGAAUGUUACAUUUUAUAUUGAAGGUUUUCUUCUUGGGAAGAUUUUGAAGAGGAACAUGGGAAAGGAAGGGAAUUUGGCUACGCAAGUCUUCACAAAGAACUCGAACCAUUUCUACUAAGGAGAGUUAAGAAGGACGUAGAAAAAUCUCUUCCUGCCAAGGUUGAACAAAUUUUAAGAAUGGAGAUGAGUGCAUUGCAAAAGCAAUAUUAUAAGUAAGUAAUUUAUUGUGGCUGUCAAAAUAAUUUACACAGUGAAAAGUGAGCAGGUUUCUUUCAUACAGUAAAGAGUUUGCCUGUCUGCCUGCAAGCAUUUUUUAAAAUUUUCUGUUUUCCACAGUUUCAUUACUGACAAUACACUUUUUUUUUUAAUAUCAGGUGGAUUUUAACUAGGAAUUACAAAGCCUUAAGUAAAGGUUCAAAGGGCAGUACCUCAGGCUUUCUGAAUGUCAUGAUGGAGCUCAAAAAGUGUUGCAAUCAUUGCUACCUCAUUAAACCACCAGAUGAUAAUGAAUUCUAUAUUAAACAGGAGGCCUUACAGGUAAAAUUUCAUGUCUUUGUAAAACUGCUCUGCAUAUAUUGUUCUGUAUAUGAAACAAAUUAAAAUGCAACGAUCAGAUUACUGGGUUUUUAAAUGUUAAUUAAAUAACCUAGGAAUGAUUAUAUCUAUUAUUAUUAUUACUGUUAUUAUUACUACCACCACCAAGUAAACAUAUCUAGGGAGGAAAUUCCACAAACAUGGUGCUGCAGCUGAGAAUGUUCCCCCUGCUUGCCCACUGCCUCACCUUGUUUCAUAGCAAUAUUCUGAAUGCGUAGUGUAGCUUUUUAAAUCUAAGAAUUCUAUGCACAGGAAUAGAUGUAAUCGUGUUAGGCAUAUUCAGACUUCCUUAAAUUUUUGAUUUGUGGUUUCUGCCUUUGGUUUCUGGUAGUUCCCACAAAAUGCAUUAACGUUAAUGUACAGACAUAGUCUUCCAUGCAGUCGUUGAUUUUUUUAUGUCUUGUGUUUUCUUUCAAGAAUUUAAUCCGGAGUAGUGGGAAGCUCAUUCUUUUAGACAAGCUGCUGAUUCGCUUACGAGAACGUGGCAGCAGAGUGCUUAUAUUUUCUCAAAUGGUGCGGAUGCUGGACAUCCUUGCUGAAUAUUUGAAAUACCGUCAGUUUCCCUUUCAGGUAAGAGCUUACUGUUAGAUUAUAUCACUGUGCACACAUUUAUUUAUUGGCCUCACGCUGUUUACAGACUAGCACAGUCUUAGUCUAAUUGGUCUUUUUCUCUCCAGAGGCUAGAUGGGUCAAUAAAAGGAGAACUGAGGAAACAAGCACUGGACCAUUUUAAUGCAGAAGGUUCUGAGGUAAUGUGUUUACUUGCCUGUUUUGUGUUUUGUUUUAUCUUUUAAGGAAUGUGUUUUGUUUCUAGCAGCAGAAAAGAUUAUUUGCCGUCUUAUAAACAAAAACCUUCAUAGUGAAAUCCAGGAUUUUAUGUUACAAAAUUGAACUGUAGUACUUUGUUUAAGGUUAGCAGUUUAUUUUACAACAUUGUUUGUGUUGGAGACAAAUGUUUUGGUACAGUUUUGGAAUAAUUGCAUUCUUCAGUAGUUUAAAACUAUUUUAAUGUAUACAGUACUUUGAAUGUCAAAAUGUAUCAGUUAACUCUCCUGUUAGGUAUAUUUUUACAGUUUUUGUUUCAGUCUUCCCGUCUUUCUUAAUUCCAGGACUUCUGCUUUUUACUGUCUACCAGAGCUGGAGGUCUAGGCAUAAACUUGGCGUCUGCAGAUACUGUUGUUAUAUUUGAUUCUGACUGGAACCCUCAGAAUGAUCUGCAAGCACAGGCUAGAGCUCAUAGGAUUGGGCAGAAGAAACAGGUACGUAUGUUUUGUUUGAUUUAGGUACUUGGUUGGGGACAGGAACAAAUUAUAUGAAAUCCAGUUUACAUAUAAACGUGUGUUUAUCUAUGUUUAUUCCCCCCGCCCCUCAAGUGACGUAGUUUGAAUGUCUGGGUCAUGUUUUAUGGAUGUGUUAGUUUACUUGUCUUUAUCAAUAUGUGGUUUGUUUGUUGUGUGUGUGUGUGUCUUACAAUUAACUAAAGAAUUCAACUUUUUAAUAGAAAGACAACUUUAAUGUGCCCAGUUCCCAAACUAUCAGCCUGACUCCAACAGACACAGUACUAGUAUAUAAAUGUUUAUGAUAGAGUAUAUUUAAAAGAGUGCAAGUACACUUCAUAUACUUUGGCUGCAGUCCACCAGCAGUGAACUGUGUGUGCUCCCAUCUCCACAGAAACAGAGGAGCUCUGCUCCCCAUAAACUAUGCACAAAGCUUUCAGGCUGGCCAUGGAAUUCUGGAGAUGUUCCACCACUGUGAUCAGCCUGACAUCUCCUUGCAUCUGUGCAGUGAUGAUUCACAAAAGGGGAAGGUGCUGAUAGCAAGGCCAUAGGAAACUAGAUUUGGGUUUCACAGCAGCAACAGCGCUCACAUAUGAAAUUUUAUUUAUUUAUUGCCCACCCUUCACCCUAAGGUGUCAGGGCAGAUUGCAACACUAAAACACAGUAUGAACACUAGUUAUAACAACAUAGAAUCACAAAUGUAAAAGCCAGGGUUAAAAGCUGCAUCUUCAGUGUUCACCAGAAGCUGUACAUUGAAGGCGCCAGACACACCUUUGUAGGGAGGGAAUUCUACAACUUAGCGGCUGCCACAGAGCAUAUCCUCUCCUGGGCCACUGCCCCCUCUGUUGUUAGAGCAGAAAUGGAUUCUCACUGCAGAAUUGAGGGCUUGCAUGGUUUCUUGUUGUAGAAUUGCAGCCUCUGGAAGUAGAAACAUGUCUCGUUGGAAUAUACUGUUCAUUCAAAUACCUCUAAAAGACUGUCACAUAAUUGCUCCAAGCACAUUACACAUUUAAGAGGAGUUAAAAAUAUGAAUGCCAUUUUAAAUUUAAUAUACAGUCGUACCUUGGAAGUCGAACGGAAUCCAUUCCGGAGGUCUGUUUAACUUUCGAAACGCUUGAAAACCAAGGCGUGGCUUCCGAUUGGUUUCCCUAUUGCACAGGCGCGCCAGAAACAAUAGCGGAAGCCGUGCCGGACGUUCAGCUUCCAAAAAAGUUCGGAAACCAGAACACUCACUUCCGGUUUUCGAUCAUUCGGGAGCCGGAAAUUUCGACUCCCAAGGCAAUCGGGAGUUUUAUUUGUGACUAAAACUUCACAUUAUUUCCUAUUACUUCAGUGAUUCCCGUAAAUCUUUAUUUUUUGUUUGGUUUUUCACAGGUAAACAUUUAUCGGCUAGUCACUAAAGGAUCUGUAGAGGAAGAUAUCCUGGAAAGAGCCAAGAAGAAAAUGGUUUUAGAUCACCUUGUCAUUCAGAGAAUGGACACUACAGGAAAGACUGUGCUGCACACAGGUUCUGCUCCUUCUAGGUAUACCUUUGGGGAUGAACUGUAAGCCUAUCUAACAGACAACUUCCCAAAAAUGUACAGAUAAUCCUUCACAAUGUUAAGGGAGUUAGGUUGACUUGUCCAAGGUUACAAAACUUGCCAAUCAUCUUCUUUCCCUCAGGAUGUCAGGGCUAAAUCUCCUGGCUCAUGAAGCUAACAGAUAGGCAUCACCUGAGAUAUCACUUGCUUUCCCAUCAUGCAGUCCUUUCUGCCCUUCUCAAAGAUAGAAGAUGGCUUCAGACUGAUUCCUUCCUCCCUUAUUAAAGCAACUGUUCUGAAGGAACCAAACUGAAUUGACCCAGAACUGCUGAAAAAUACAAUAAUGGAAAGAUAAACAUGGGGGAGGGUUGAAGAAAGGAGGGCAGUAACCAAAGGAAGAGAAUCCCUCUGCCUGACGUUUUCCCUAUUGCUGUGGAUUUCAGUGACCUAAGAAGCUUAAGGAACCAAGACACAAUUCUAGGAGAAACUCUGAAUUUAUGUUAUUGAUUGAAUGUGUCAGCUCAUUAUCUGUGGGCAUCUAGUAUCUUAGACACACACAUUUUUGUGCCUUGUGCUGAGUAAAAGAGUAACAUGUUCCCUUUAUUUUUAGCUCUACUCCUUUUAACAAAGAGGAGCUGUCAGCUAUUUUAAAGUUUGGCGCUGAGGAACUUUUUAAGGAACUGGAAGGUGAAGAACAGGAGCCACAAGUAAGGUUAACAUCCUAGCAUUUGAUUUUUCUGGUCUAUUCAAAUCAACAUUUCACCAGUAAGAUUUUAUUUUAUUUUUUUCAGGAAAUGGACAUAGAUGAAAUCUUGAAGAGGGCUGAAACACGGGAAAAUGAAACUGGCCCAUUAAGUGUCGGAGAUGAAUUGCUUUCCCAGUUUAAGGUACUGUACUUUUUCAUUCCAUAAUUAUGUUAAGCAAAAAUUAAUAAAAGCAACUCCAUUUUAGAAAUGCUUUUUGUUAAAAGCUCCAAGAUUUGUUUAAUUUUUUUAAAGCUCACUAAGAACUUUUGUGCCUCUUCCCUGUAUGCAGACCCAUAAAGGGGGAGGCAGGUACACUUGCCUCGGAAAGCUAAACUGGCAAGGGCCCCCCCACCAGGGACCAGCUGAUUUUUUGUUCGAGUUUAUAACUUUAUUUUAGCAAGACUCCUGCUCUGGGCCUCAGACAAACUCUGCACGGUCCUACCUGUAUGUACUCCAGAGAGAAAAGAGGAAAGCUUAUUACUGUUGUUAGAAACUUCCUUGAGUUUCUGGAGACGCAUAGUGUGUAUAAAUAAAUAUAUAAUCAUCUGACACUGUGGCUGCUAUCCUGUGAACAUACUUGAGAGUAUUUGGAGUCGCUGGAACUUAACUUCCACAUUAGCAUGCAUAAGAUUGGUCUGUAAGUUAGGAAGCCCUCAGUAACUUUAUGCUAGGGCCUCUAACACAGACAAACAGAAAAGAUGACCGAAACACCUUUGGGGAAGAGUGCACAAAGGAUAGGAUCCCGGAUUAAUCAUGCUUAGAGUUGACCCAUUCAAGUCAUGAUGCUCAGGAUAGCCCUGUUUGUUGUAUUUGGAGUGUGUGUGCAUUUGUAAUUACUUUUAUCAAAACUACCAUUUUAACAGGUGGCAAAUUUCUCCAAUAUGGAUGAAGAUGACAUUGAACUGGAGCCUGAACAAAAUUCAAGGAACUGGGAAGAAAUCAUUCCAGAGGUCCAUAGGAGAAGAUUAGAAGAAGAGGAAAGGCAAAAGGAACUGGAAGAAAUUUAUAUGUUACCCAGAAUGAGAAACUGUGCAAAACAGGUAAAGAUUAUUUUUGAGAGAUUUUUCCUUCCCACUGAGUUUUGUGUUAGAGCAAAUUGCACUUGAAAUGUUGAAAUUUGCUUUGGCUUCACAAAUGAAACACUUAAAUUUUGCACUUUCUUUUUAAUAAAAAAUACAGAUCAGCUUCAAUGGAAGCGAAGGCAGACGUUGUAGAAACAGAAGGUAUUCUGGAUCAGAUAGUGACUCCAUCUCGGAAAGAAAACGACCCAAAAAACGUGGAAGACCACGGACUAUUCCACGGGAAAACAUUAAAGGAUUUAGUGAUGCAGAGAUUCGGCGGUAAGAAAUAGGGAAGGGGGAAGAUCUACAAGGGGAAAGUAAUAGGAAAAUUCUCCAUUGGAAGCUUGAAAUGCUUAUAUGUUACAUGUCUUAAAAAUCACGCUUCCUUUUCAAUUACUUUGAUAAAUACUGUUUCACACAUUACAUUAAGCUAUUAAAUUGAGGGUACAUGUUUGUUUAAAUUCAAAUGGAGUGGUUACAUUUACAGAAUUUUGGGUUUAUAUCGCAGUACCUGCAUCUUCCCCACCCCAUUUAAAGUUCCACAAGCCAUUUUAGAAAGAAAAUAAAAUUAUUUCCUUUUGUUUGGAUUGCCAAAUAGUAUGGAUUUUGGAUUGAAAUAAAUUAAUAUUUAUAUAAUAUAUAAUGGCAAUUCAGUAUAGAAAAGGUUGUAGUCCAGCAUCUCUCUCUCUCUGAGUGGCAUCUGGUAGUGUAUCGAAAUACUUAAUAGUAUCUAUUUUGACAGAUUAGACACUGUACUGUAGUAAACAUGAAUCUGGUUACUUUCAUAAUUUAAAAAGUGUUCUUACUCUCCAUUGCCAUAUUUUGACAACCUAAAACAUUGGUUUCUGAAGUGACUUUGGUUUCAAUCCCAUCCCCACAAAAAGCUCAGUGGAACCUACAUCUGAGUAAAUGCAUAUAGGAUCGAGACCUUUUUUAUAUUAUUUGUGGAAGAUAGUACAAUUUUAAAAAAAGAAUUUUGAAACUUAGCUUUGUAUUUACACAUUAUAUUCUCUCAUAAAGAUUCUUUAUGGGCACGCUAACUUCAGUAGAAUAUCCUAUAUAGAUUGUCUUUAUUCACUGACGUUACCAAAUAUUUUCCCUUCUUAACUUUACCUAGUGUAUUUUUCUUGCGUGCAUAUUUUACUGGUUUAUCUUGAAAAAGAUAUGAUAUAAGGACCACGUACUUAACAUAACGCUUUUUGUUUUUACAAAAAAGGUUUAUCAAGAGUUACAAGAAAUUUGGGGGACCUCUUGAAAGGUAAGCUUUCCUACCUAGCAGCUGGGAACUUUUUAAAUUGUAAUGAAGUAUUUCAGCACUGCAUUUUUUAAAAGGCAAAAACAGCUUUGAAGUUUCGGUGAUCAUUCAUUGAAAUGGUGAUGGAUAGAUUUUUCCAAUGCAAAUAUGAUUGUAGGUAUUAAAAUCCAUUUAUUCAUGGGAAAGUAUAAUUAUUAAUACUGCUCCUUGCAUGUUCAAGGAGCACAGAUAAGGUGGCUCUGCUAUUUUGGGGGGAGUCAGUAAACUGAGUGGUGCAGUUCAAACAAACAAAACAUAGCUUAGUGCAAGCCUUGCCUCAAACCAUGGCAUCUUCUUUCUGCUUGGCCCUCCAUGAUAAAUCAGGAAAUCUAUUUCUUGGUUUGAAGUUGGAUGAAGACCCUGGCUUGUUCUGAGCUUGGUGACCAUAGUUGCCAUGUUUGGACAUAACAGGAGACUUGCACUCCAAAGAUGUAAGAGGCAGCAAGCAAAGUCAGACCUGAGAUGUUCAGUAGUGUGAUAUUUUUCUAACACAGAGAGAGCAGGUGUGUGUUUUAGAAAGGGAGAAAAAUUGUCCUAAAGCUAAUUUACAUUACUCACUUAGCAAGGGACUAUGUCUAAUCAAACCCUCUUUCUCUGAAACUAGCAGCGGGCUCCUACUGGGUGUGUUAGAAGCUUGGGGUGGGAGGAAUCUACUCAUAUUUCUGAGGGGAGAUCAGCCGCUGCUAGAACAAUGGAUAAGGAAUUUGCCAGUGCAGUAUGCUGAGUGACCAAAUAACAAGUGUGCCUUGUUAGAGCACCUGGUGAGGCUAGGGUAGAACAGGUAUUUUUUUAAAAAAUAUAUAUGCAUCCAUUGCCUGCUGUGACCACCAGGGAAUGCUACCACAAGAGGCUAUUGGGGAGGGUUGACGUCUUGAAUUUCCUCAAUAAGAAGGUUGUAUAAAUAUCUAGCAUUAAUGCAUAUUCUGUUUUUCAUUUCUCACAUACUGAUACGAGAGCUAUGAUACUUCUGCUCUGUUGCAGGUUAGAUGCCAUAGCAAGAGAUGCUGAAUUAGUUGAUAAAUCUGAGACAGACCUCAGACGGCUUGGAGAGCUGGUACAUAAUGGAUGUAUCAAGGCUUUAAAGGACAUCUCAUCUGGACAAGAAAGAGCAGGUACAGCUUCCAGGGGGCGGAGGGAGAGAUUGCUUAUAACCCAUGCCAAGAACUAAAGAAGUGAGCUCCUGUGAGACUUCUUUUUCUGCCCAUACAAGCAGUCCCAACCUUCCUUGGCCAUGUUCCUGAGUGGACAAACACAGCCUUUGAACAGAGAUAUGGGAUUGGCAGUAGUUCCCAUGAUUGUUCUGGUGCUUCUUCCUAGCUCCAAACCAGCUAUACUCAUAACUGUACAAAUAAAUACAAUUUCCAGUAGCACCUUAGAGACCAACUAAGUUUGUUCUGGGUAUAAGCUUUUGUGUGUAUGCACACUUCUUCAGAUGCAUGCAGGAGAGAGCAUGAGAUGGGAUGCAGAGCCCUCCAUUAACUGCCUAGAGACCAGCUCCUUUUGUUCCUGAACUGUUUCCAAAUCAGCCUGUUUUCAUAAGCACUUUAAAAACUGGAACCCGGUCUUACUUCCCCACCCCCCAAUCUCUCUCCCCAUUCCUUUUUCAUUUUCUGUUGUGUCUGUUUAGAUCAGUGGUUUUCAACCAGUGUGCCAUGGCACCAUGGGGUAUCUUGAAUGAUGGUCAGGGGUGCCACGGGCAACACUGGCCUCUGUCCCUCUUUCCUUCCCUCCCUCCUCUGAUGCCCUCUUGCAUCUCUGCCUUCCAAAGGCUUACACAGCUAUUAGUUGCAGCAGCGGCUGCCCGGCGGUCUCCCAAGGAGAGGAGAUAGGAGGCUGAGGGAACACUCCACAAGGGAGGGUGUUCAAUAAAAGGGUGAGAAGCUGCCAGCUCUGCAGGCAAGGGGUGACAUAACUGGGCUCCUGAGCCCCACAGGGGUGCCACAGAAAGAAUGUAGAUGGUCAAGGGAGCCGUGAACUCAAAAAGGUUGAAAACCUCUGGUGUAGAUUAUAAACCUCAGGACAGUAACUUGCUUGUUUUUAAAACUGCUCUGGGUGUCUUUUUGGCUCAAUCACAAAAGCUGGAUGUUACCAAUUAAUGGAUUAAGUUAUGUUGUGAUAAGAUUUAUGUAGAUGUGUGAGGUAUAAAUGAGGCCAUAUUCUUCACUUGACCUGAAACUGUUAGUCCAUGUCAGCAGCACUCCUUGUUGCUUUUUUUCUAUCUGGCACAGUGUUGGUUCAUGCCCUUGAAGCACAUUUGUAUUGAUUACCUCUUCCUUCUAAGUGACCUCAUGUUGAAAGGGCAUCUUGUUCCUUCACAUUUUGGAGUAGUGAUGCAUAAAACUGAUCUAACAUUUACCUGUUUUAUAUUCUUAUUUGAAAGGGGGCAGACUUGGAAAAGUUAAAGGCCCAACGUUCCGAAUAUCAGGAGUGCAGGUAAAUGCAAAACUAGUCAUCUCUCAUGAAGAAGAGCUGGAACCGUUGCAUAAAUCCAUUCCUUCCGAUCCAGAGGAAAGGAAGAGGUUUGUUACAUUUGUUUUAUUUUGAUUUGGGGGGGGGGCAGUAUGUUGCUAGGGAGUUCUGACCACAUCAUUGCUCAGGAGUUUGAAUAUCUCCAUUCACAUAACAGCACCCUCUGCUUUUGCCACAGCUGAACUAGCUUUUUUCCCGUUCUAGCCACUCUUAUGCACAGAUCGGAGGAGUGAGACCCAUGAAGAGCAGAGCAAGUGUCAUAUAGUGGUUGGAGUGCCUGAUAGUUCAGGAACUCAUGGCCUUUUUGGUAGAGCCCCCUUUCUGAUACCAGCAUUGUUGCAACUUACCUGGGAGGGGGUUGGGCGGAGGCGUGGUGAGGUCAAGGCUAUGCAGAUGGACCAACAGAGUCAGUAUGGCACUCUCACCAGUGUGCCUUCACAGUUUUGUCACCAUGCUCCCCCCCUCCCCAGCCCUUCCAGGUAAUCUGCAGCAGUACCAGAGGGUAGCUCCAUGGCUUGCCCCACACAUGGGUCACUAUUGCUCAUAGCACUGAUGUAAAAAAUAAAAUGGGAGGGAACCAUGUGUUCUACACUGAACUCUUUAGGAGAAGAGUGCCAUUAAACGUCUGUUUUUGCUUCCUUUUUUAAUGAUUAUAUUGUAUCUAGCUGCCAGUAGAGGUAAUACAAAUAGCUUGUGAACUUACUGUUUUUCAUUUAGAUACACCAUUCCUUGUCACACUAAGGCUGCUCAUUUUGAUAUAGACUGGGGCAGGGAAGAUGACUCUAAUCUUCUAAUAGGCAUCUAUGAAUAUGGAUAUGGUAGUUGGGAAAUGAUCAAAAUGGACCCAGAUCUCAACUUGACACACAAGGUAAGCCCUCUGUCUGUCUGAACAUAAUGUUAUUCAGGAGAUCAAAAAUUGCUGGUUGAAUGGUUACAGGGGUAGCCAAGUGGACUGUAUUCUGAUUUGAGACAUUUAGAUGAGACUGACUGUUGUAUCUCAUUUCUCACACUCUGCAUUCCCACUUUAGUCUUUUAUAUUUUUAGUUAUUCCAUGGUAUCCCUGGAAAAUUUUACAGAGGGCUUCCUUUGUUACUGGUGCAUUAUUAUUGUCUUUCCUUUCUAAUGGACAGCAUGAGAGCCAACAAAUUGAAGCUCCAUCUAGAUAAGAUUGCGGCACUUAUUGGGCGGUUCCCUAGACAGUGUGGGUGGGAGGUUGCCUGCUCUUGAUGGGGUUACACGCCUUCUGAAGAAGCGAGUAUGUAGCUUGAGGGUACUUCUGGAUCCAUUGCUGUUGCUUGAGGCUCAUGUGGCCUCUUCAGCUAGUGACCCAGCUGCCCCCCUAUCUGGACAGGGAUAGCCUAACUUCUGUUAUCAAUGCUCUGGUAACUUGUAGGAUAGAUUACUUCAAUGCAUUAUACGUGGGGCUGCCUCUGAAGAUGGUUCAGAAACUUCAGCUUGUGCAGAAUUCGGCAGCCAGGUUGCUCACCAGGGCAAGACAGUUUGGGUAUAUUACCACGAUCCUGGGUCAACUGCACUGGCUGCCAAUUAGCUUCCAGUGCUGGUUUUUACCUUGAAAGUCUUAAAUGGCUCAGGACUGCAGUACCUCAAGAAACCCCCUCUCUCCAUAUGAACUGACUCACCCUGCGAUCAUCAUCUGAGGCUGUUCUUUGUGUGCCUCCUCCAUGAGAGGUGCAGAGGGUGGCAAGAUGAGAACAGGCCUUUUCUGUGAUGGCUCCCUGUUUGUGGAAUGCUCUCUUUGGGGAGCCUUUCCUGGCACCUUCAUUAGAUAUCUUUAGGGAUGGGGUGAAAACCAGGCCUUUUAAGAACUCUUGUGUUCCAUUUUUGGUAAGAAAAAGAAAGUUGUGCUGAAAAAAUCUAGAUUCAGACAGCUUUUCCCAGUUUAGUGAAUCUUUUCUUAUCCAUCAAGCUGAUAAAACUCUCUGUACUUGGAAAAAAAGCAUCUUAAAUUGCCCUUUCAGAUUCUACCAGAUGAUCCAGAUAAGAAACCCCAAGCCAAACAGUUGCAGACCCGUGCAGACUACCUCAUAAAAUUACUCAGUAAGGAUCUUGCAAGGAAGGAAGCACAAAGACUAUCUGGGGCAGUAAGUUAUUUUCUGUGUAUUAUCUUUUUAAGUGCACCUACUUGAACUUGAAUAAAUAUCUAACAUGGCACUUUUCUGAUAUUCAGGGUGGCUCAAAAAGAAGGAAAAUGAGAACUAAGAAAAGUAAGACCAUAAAAGCAGCAAAAAUUAAGGAGGAGACAAAGAGUGAUACAUCACCACCACCUUCAGAUAAGUCUGAAGAAGAAGAAGAGGAAGAUAGUAAGGUGAAUAUCGAGAAGUUUGAAUUUGUGCAAAAAGUAAUAAUUUUUAAGUGUUAUAUUUAUUUGUUCGAUUGGCCGUUUUGAAGUUUUAUUCAGAUAGCCCCCAUAUUUCAGCCAGGGGGCUGUAGUGGAGGAAAUAGUGGUUUUCUUCAGACCACAACAAAUUCAGAUGACAUUUUAUCUCAUGACUUCACCCCUCUGGUGAACUAGCUCUCUUGACUUGAACCAAUAGCAACUGAAAUAGGGCCAGAGUAUAAUUUAUUGGGCAAAUGAUAGACAUCUUGCAACUUGCAUGCUAAUUAGGUUCCAGGGAUUGAGCGUACAGCUAAAACCGUGCAUAGCCAGAACAACCCCAGAACCCCCACCCCACCUUUCUGGAGCCGAGAGGGCCUUGCCUCCCACAUGAGGCAGAGAGUUUCUAAGCUCUGCCUGUCUUCUUACCCAGCUCUGGGAGGCUCCCAUGAGAGACUGGCAGUAAGUGGAACAAACUGAACAUUGAAUUUAAAUUGGAAGUGGGUGCACCAGUCUGCUGAAGCUCUCCUUUCCAUCUACCUCUGCUCCAUUGAAUGUGUAGGUGAAAAAGGAGCAGCUGUGGCAAACAAAAGUUUGGCAAUAGAACUGAAUGGAGGGCUAUGUCACCAAAAGAAAUGACCAAGUACUAAAUGAUUCUAAUAUUUAUAUCUGAACUCCUUAAAUUAGCAUUUUGAUGUACAUGUGUGUAUGUUUCAGGAUGAAAUGGCUGCAGUAAAACAUCCAAGCAAAAAGAUAAAAGCAGAAAAAGAAAAUGAAGAAAAAUCUGAUGCAGAUAUUGUCCUGAAGAAGGAGGCUGAUGACAAAAGAGAGGCCAAGGAAAACAAGAGGGAGCUGAAAAGGGAGAGAAAAGAAAAAGAGGACAAAAAAGAAUUAAGGGAAAAGGAUGCAAAAGAGAAGAAGGAAAGUAAAGCAAAAGAGUACAUGCAGAGAGAGAAAGAAGUAAAAGAAGAGAAGGUAAUUAAGUCGGAGCUUUAUUAGACCACUUCGUGCUCAUAAUAAGGAUGCUGUGUUUUUAGUUCCUCUCCCGCGGGGGGGGGGGGUAUGAAGGGGGGGGGUAGGCCUGAUGUUCCUGGUGGAACUUCCUUGCUCUCCUGUAUUCUUCACAUGGAUUGUGAUUAAGCCUUGUAUGCACAUGGAUUGUGACUAAGCCUUGUAUGCUUCAUUUUGCUCUCUAGUAACACCAUUGUGUACCCAGUCUAUAUAUGUUAUGUGUAAAAUGCUGCUUUAUCUUAAUGUACAUCACUCUGCUUCGGUGGUGGUUUUUGGUUUCUUCGCAAUCAAGCAGUAUAUGUUUUUUUUAAUGAAGUGAAUAUUUAGCGUAUCAAGAAAUUUUGAAUCUCUUAAUUUCUAGAUGAAUGAGUCCAAAUCUGAAAGCAAAGACAAAAGCAAGAAAUCUCCUUCGGCAGACACUCCUGUUCAUAUAACAGCAAGUAGUGAGCCAGUUCCUAUAUCUGAAGAAUCUGAAGAACUGGAUCAGAAGACAUUCAGUAUUGUAAGACUUCUUCAGAAUACUUUGUCAUUUGGUCAUACUAAUUGGCAUGAGGCAUGUGAUUCUCUGUUAGCAGAAAAAGCGUUCAUUAGGCCGUCGGUUAAAUAUGGCUCUUGAAAGAUGAUGGCUACCCAGUUUGUACUCUGCAAACUGUGUUUAAAAAGUUUUAAACCAUUCUUUAUAUGUUUAUAUGGAUUAUUAAGUUUGAUGCUCCAUAUAAAAUUUAAAUAUUAUUUUAUUUGUACCCCGCCCAUCCAUCUGGUUUGCCCCAGCCACUUUGGGCAGCUUCCAACAAAUACAAAAGCAUAAUAAAACAUCAGACAUUAAAAACUUCCCUAUACAGGGCUGCCUUCAGAUGUUUUCUAAAAGUUGUAUAUUUAUCUCCUUAACCUCUGAUGGGAGGGCGGUCCACAGGGUGGGUGCCACUACCAGAAGGCUAAAUUGGAGAUAAAUGGCAUUUUCUUAGAAAACAGUAAAAGCAAGAGCAGAAUCUUCAUGUUAUAGAUGUCUAGUGUCUAUAAAUGUCACGUUAUGUUGAUAGAAUGUAAGAUCUCUGAAUAUUUUUUUAUUUUUACAGUGUAAAGAAAGAAUGAGGCCUGUCAAAGCAGCACUGAAACAGCUGGAUAGACCAGAGAAAGGUCUUUCAGAAAGGGAACAACUAGAACAUACUAGACAGUGUCUUAUCAAAAUUGGAGAUCAUAUUACGGAGUGUCUAAAAGAAUACACAAAUCCUGAACAAAUAAAGCAGUGGCGAAAGUAAGUAAUCUCUGAGGAAGGAAAAAAAAUCUGUCUUCUAAGUGCCCCUGUUGGCACCUAUGGGCAAAACCUCUAUUUUGCAAAAAAUAUAUUUCCCAACCUGUGGAAAAGCACUUGGAAGUGUUGUGAUAUCAUGAGAGAGAGAGGCUAACCUUUUGCCAGCCGUUUCUUUGAUCAGGACCAGCCACUUCUCUCUGUUAUGAGGUGAAAAGCAGCCUUUGUAAUUAUGACGGUGGAGGUGGGGAAGGAGUGUCAGAGCCUGUCAUGGAGAUUCCUAAUAGCAUAUUUAAUUUACAAAUUAAUGAAACCUAUUGAGAAGGUUCAGCAUCGGUUCAUACAUCUGAAAUUCCUGCAGUUACCGGAGAGAAGAGAUCCAGAAAAACAGUCUUCUGAAAACGCUUAUGUGUACAAAUGCCCCAUUUGUACAUAAGGUUCAACUAUUCAGUUUUUAUGGGUGUACUGGAAAAGCAGUAUGGUUUGCUGCCUAGCUAGCUUUUUUAAUGCCUAGGCACUUUCUUUUUAAUUGCCUACUCUUUAUGGCCACAUGGAGGGAAAAGUAGUAAAUAUGGCUUAAAGAAAAUGUGUUCAGCCCAUUUACAGUUUGCAAGAUGAUAGCUAAAUUAUAUUUUAAUUUAAAGUUAUGUGAACCAACAGAGCUACAUAUCUGCUAUAUCAUAGUGCAGUCUGUAUACUAACCACUAGAUGGAGGCUCAAUUCUGUUAUAUCUCGGACUAGCUUGAGGUAUAUAUGUGUAACUAUUUCAGAGUUACUUAUAAAAUUAUUUUUUGUUUUUAAUAUGAUGCAAUUCACUUCAUAAUAGUAAAAGCAAUAACAGUGAUAGUGCCAUACAAGUAAAAUAACGUACUGUAGAACCAGGAACAUGACCUGCUAAUGAUCUUUUAGAAAACUAAACCACUUUUUCCUCUUCCGUUCUAGAAACCUGUGGAUUUUUGUUUCCAAGUUUACAGAAUUUGAUGCCAGAAAGCUACACAAAUUGUACAAACAUGCAAUUAAAAAACGCCAAGAGACACAGGUAUUAAUAGACUGCCAAGUAGUACAGAACAAAUAAGCUUUUGCCUGUGUUAUUCUAACAUUGGUAUUAGUACUUCAUGCAAAUGAGACAUAUUUGGAACUUUAUUAUUUCAGUUUAAUUUGGUAAUAAAAAAUUUCCUUAUUUUUUUCCCCAGCAGCACAAUGACCAGAAUAUCAGCAGCAGUGUGAAUACACAUUUGAUUAGAAAUCCAGGUAAGAACCUCAGUGUUGGGAUGCUAAAUUUUAUACAAUAAACAAAUAGUUCCCGUUCUAGAUAGUAGGUUCGAUGUAGAGAAAAUUGCAUGAAUGGAGCUGCUAGAAACUGACUUCCCCACUCCUCACCCCAGCAGCUCUCCAACCCAAAGAAUUGGGGACUGGAGGUGGGAAGGACUGAGGGGAAAGGAGUAGUCCCUGAAAGACAGGCGUGUUCUCUGAAUGAAACCUGGGGGGCUGUGAGAGCUGCCUAAACAUGCAUAUAUGUAUGUGAGUGAAGCAGGGACGCGGGUGGCGCUGUGGAUUAAACCACAGAUCCUAGUACUUGCCGAUCAGAAGGUUGGCGGUUCGAAUCCCCGCAACAGAGUGAGCUCCCGUUGCUCGGUCCCUGCUCCUGCCACCUAGCAGUUCGAAAGCAUGUCAAGUGCAAGUAGAUAAAUAGGUACCGCUCUGGCGGGAAGGUAAACGGCAUUUCCGUGUGCUGCUCUGGUUUGCCAGAAGCGGCUUAGUCAUGCCGGCCACAUGACCCGGAAGCUGUAUGCCGGCUCCCUCGGCCAGUAAAGCGAGAUGAGCGCCACAACCCCAGAGUCGGUCACGACUGGACCUAAUGGUCAGGGGUCCUUUUACCUUUACCUAUGUGAAUGAAGCUAGCAUCAUAUCAGUGUGUAGCGAUGUACUGCUAUCUCAGUUGUCAUGUAUAAAUUAUUUGAGCAACAAGUCUUGAGAUUAGCCUGCAAUUUACUCAAAUCAUUAAAAUGCAUGGAAAUUGGUAGUUCUCAUUAUGAAUUUCAGUUUAUUACAGCCAGCCAUGAGAACAUUGGGAAUUGGUGAGACUUCUUUACAACUAAGGGUGUUAAGGCUCAGGCUGCAAGUUUCAGUGAAUCAGGCUUAGAAUGUGUGGGAAAAGCAAAAGCCUUCUGUUUAAAUGUUGUCAAAUGGAUUAUUUAAAUACAUUUCUUUAGUUCUUCACUUUUCAGCCCAUUUGCUGAUCUUGAAAACAUUCACCUGGUAAUUUAUGUUGCCUAUUUACAGCUAAACAAAUCUCUGUACUUUCAUUUAAGCAGAUGUGGAACGCCUAAAAGAGAAUACGAAUCAUGACGAUAGUAGCAGAGACAGUUAUUCCUCUGACAGACACUUAUCACAAUAUCACGAUCAUCACAAAGACAGACUUCACGGAGAUACCUACAAGAAAAGUGACUCUAGGAAAAGGCCUUAUUCUAGCUUCAGCAAUGGAAAAGAUCAUAGAGAUUGGGAUCACUAUAAACAGGAUAGCAGGUGAGUUCGUGACAGCCAUCCACAGAACCCCCUUUUCCCAAUUACUUCACAAUUCUUGUGCAAUAUUUCUCACUAACGAGAUGAUUAGGACUUUUUGCUCAGAAACUGUUGGCUGUGUGUAGGGCAAAAACAUGCAUGAUGAUAAUACAUGUCUGAACGCACUGCUAUUUUUGGUUUUAUAUUUGGAAAAAGGGGUGGCCAGGAGUGUGAUAGGGCUGCAGUUUGUUGGUGUAAAAACCCCACAACUGAUGCAGUUUGCAUUUUAAAAGAACAGCAGGUUAGAUGCAAAGAUCUAUUUCAUGCAAGAUCCCUCAAACUGGUCCGCAAGCUUCAAUCCUGGCGAUCUGUGGCAUGUCUGUAAAAAUAUGAAUAAAAGUCAUACAUAGGACAUUACAGUUUCAGCAACAGGCAGAUAUAACAUUAAAAGGUCCGUCGCUCCCAUAGCAUUUUUAAGUGGUCCAUGCAGGGGGAAGUUUAAUGUCACCUGUAGUUUGGUUCACAGUUGCAUUGCUGAGAGAGAAAAGUGAUGCAAUGCUACGCUGUGCUAUCCUGUCCACCUCACAGAGCACACCAGGAUGCUAGAAUCAGUUGGUUUUUCCCCUUAGUUUUCAGGAAUCUUUUAUUGUUUUGUUCUUAGAAGAACAAGUGUGUGUGUGUGUGUGUGUGUGUGUGUGUGUUUAAAAAAAUCCUGUUGCGUUUCUACAAGGCCUACUCUUUUAAGAUAGCUUCUACUAGUAUUUAUUUUGUGUUUCAGAUACUACAGUGAUGGAAAGCACAGAAAGCUAGAUGACCAUAGGAACAGAGAUCACAGGUCCAGUCUGGAAGGAAGCUUAAAAGACAGUCGGUCACACUCCGAUCAUCGGAUACACUUAGACCAUCGAUCCAGUUCAGACUACAGCCAUCAUAAAUCUUCGAGGGACUAUAGGUAUCACUCGGACUGGCAAAUGGACCACAGAGCUUCCAGCAGCGGUCCUAGGUCACCAUUAGAUCAGAGAGCUUAUGACUCCAGAUCUCCCUUAGGACACAGAUCUCCUUUUGAACAUUCAUCAGAUCACAAAAGUACACCGGAACAUAUGUGGAGUAGCCGGAAGACAUAG